ACGCCCUACUCAAAACGCGAAACAUAACCCACUGCCGUGAGCUCAGGGCUCAGCCGCCCGACCUCUCCUCCCAACCCUCUCGCCUCACUCUCUCAGCCACCGCGAGGUCAGCCGUCAAGUGAUGGGAAAGAUGCACAAGAAUAAGAAACAAGCUGAUGGGCUUGGACCUUCAAGAGAACAUACCGAUAUGCAGGAGCAAGAAAUGGAUAUAAGGAAGAUUAUGAAAGACGUUGAAAAUUUUAGCUACUCACAUAUGACAUGGAAAGAACGCAAAAAGAUUGAAAAUAGGAAGGUCGUUUCUCUUGGUGGGAAGCCCCCCAAGAAUCAGAGGUUACCUUUAAGUGUGGCACGACCAAUGAUGAAGAAACAAAAGGAGAGGGAACAGAAAAUGCUCCAAGAGCAUUUGAUUCUUGGAAAAUUUGGGGGAAAGCUUGGCGGUAGCAGUAAAAGAUCAGUUGGGAAGCACAAGCUUGAGAACAGGGGUCUGAAGUCAAGUGAAGGUCGUUUUAGAAAUGGCAUACUCGAUGUGAAGCAUUUGCUAAAUUCAGCAUCCUCAAGAGAUCAUGACACUGGGAUCAAUACGUCCAAUACAGGAAAAAGGAAAGGAAGUAAGAUGACACAUGGUAAAAAGGGUGCUGGUAAGAAGCACUAUUGAGUACAUCAUUGUGGAAAGUGUUUUAUUUUAGACUAUGGAUUAGUGGAUAGGGAUGAAAUUGAGGGAAACAGAAUGAAAUGCCAUUAGCUAUCAUUAUCUAGAUUUAUUAAAAUUAUAGAUAAUGGAAUGGUUGGUGAUGGAAUCUUUUCCAUCCAUCCCACGCCAUUCAAUUCUUUCAUUUUUCCUUAUCUGUACCGAGCCAUUUGUUAAUGUGUAUGAUGAUUUAACAUGUUGAACCUUUAUAAAUCUAGCAUGACCCUUCCAGUGUUCAAACUGUCAUCGGAUGUAAACAUAUAUACAAGGUUGACAAGUCAAUUUCUG